UCAUUCUUAAAAAUGGCUAUAUCGAAACACAUUGAUUUAUGUCACUUUGUUAAUAUCAAAUUUAGAUGAAAUAAAUCCAAGAGAUUUUAAUUGAGCAUUCGUAGAAUGCAGUAUCUUUGAUAGAACGGGUAAUUAUUAAUGACAGAAACCCGAUGAUCCCAUUCACGCCAAAAAUUAAUUUAAAAAUAGAGGAAUGAAAAAAGAAAAGGAUAGAAGCGCGCAGCAUCAAUAACGCGCAGGCUUCGUUCUUCCAGCAUCAACGGGGACAAUCUCCAUAUCAGUAAUUCAGUACCGAACAUUUUGCACGGUGCAAGGUGGAAGGUGGAAGUCAGCGGGUUGCAACGUGCUGCAGGAUUGUUACGCAUAUACUGUAUUUACCUUCGUUCUUCGUUUUCUCUCGUCUCUUCCGUUGUUGUGUUUCUUUUGUUUUAUAUAUAUGUCAGUGUGUGUAUCUAAGCAUCAGGAUAUCGAUCUCCUUCUCCGAUGGCAGAUCACGAUAACAUUUACGACGACGAGGACGUGGAAAUUAUGAAGCUCCUUGAUCUUGUAUCAGCGAAUCCAAAUCAAAGGAAUUGGCGUGGCAUUUUGAUAGCUCUUCUUGUGAUCGUUGCGGUCCUGACUUUAAUUGUGACAUCGGUUGCCUUAUUGACACCGCCAGAUGAGGGUCCCAGGGUACGAGGUGCUAGAAUAAGACUUUCUGAGGUACUCUCUGGAGAAUUAACACCUCUCUUCUUCAAUGGAUCAUGGGUAAGCGGGCAGCACAUUUGCUAUCGAGAUGUAUGGGGUGGAAUUUCGCUAUUACACGUUUCCCCAAAAAACAUCACUUCCCGCAGUUUAAUGUCCAAUGAGACUUUUAGGAGACUGAAUCCCGCCAAGUUCUCAUUGUCACCGGAUCGUAAUUAUUUACUCCUUGCGUACAAUGUGAAGAAACUGUUCCGAUACUCGUAUUUAGCACAAUAUAAAAUUUAUGACGUAAAUACAGGAGAAAUUAUACCAUUGACUCCACAUCCUGAGAAGGAUAUCCACCCUUACCUUUUGUUGGCACAAUGGACUCCACGUGAUCAUGGUUUAGUUAUGGUUCAGGAUUAUGAUAUUUAUUAUAUAACAAGCCCUAAAAGUAAUACAGGAUAUCGUGUUACUGAUACAGCAGUUCCUGGUAUUUUGUCAAAUGGAUUGCCUGAUUGGCUAUAUGAAGAAGAGAUUUUACAUCGUGCAGAAGCAAUUUGGAUGUCAUCAGAUGGCCAUAUGAUGUUAUAUGCCUCCUUCAAUGAUUCACUUGUUGACGAAAUGCAUAUAUCUUGGUUUGGGGAAGGAUACAAAGCUUUGUACCCUCAUAUACGAUCUUUGCGUUAUCCUAAGCCAGGAACACCAAAUCCUAUGGUACGACUCUAUGUAGCAGACUUGGCAGAUCCAAAGAACAUUCAUACGAAGGUAGUGAAACCGCCACCUAUCAUCGAGCAUGUAGAACAUUACUUUACAACGGCUUCUUGGAUUUCUUCAACGGAAGUCUGCAUAACAUGGUUGACCCGUGCACAAAAUCUUUCUGUUGUGACUAUUUGCAAGAGCCCUUCGUGGCAUUGUCAGGAAAUUCAAAAGAUAGCAGCUGAAGGUCGUGGUUGGGUAGACACUCCUCCAGAAGCACCUAUUUUUUCAGCAAAUGGCAGUAGUUACAUUGCUAUAAGCCCAAUAAAGGAUGGUCCAACUGGUUAUUUCAAACAUAUUGUUUGGGUAAAUGUUGCCCAAAAAUUAGUCGUUCCACUUACUCAUGGAAAAUUUGAAGUUACACAAAUAGUAGCAUGGGAUCAGCCUAAUAAUACCAUAUACUUUAUAGGUAUUCCACCUAUGAGACCAGGACAGAGGCAUCUUUAUUAUGUGAGUUCAUUAUUACCACACGUGGGUUCGUCUCUACAUCCUGCUGUUUGUGUUACUUGUACACCAACAUCAGAAGGAAAUCGAAAUAAACAUAGAACAGCUUCAUCUGGUCAUCAUAGUGCUUGGUCUGACAAUAAUUACAUACAUGAUCAUUAUGAAACACAAACAGAAAGUAUACAAGAUAAAUAUGUCGGACAGCUAAAGGAAAACGUUACAAAGAAACAGAAGGCGAAAGCAUUCAUUACGCCAGAAUUUACCGAUCAACCUUGUCAAUAUCACAAUGCCAUUUUCCCACCAGUUGGAACUGAUUAUUUUGUUUUGGAAUGUUAUGGGCCUGGUAUACCCACUGUUACUUUAUAUAAAACUAAUUUUCCUAUGCCACGUCUUAUCUAUGUCUUACAGAAUAAUACAUUAUUACGUGAACGAGUUGCUAAACUUGCACUCCCACAAAUAAAAACAUUUCCUGUUCAAAUAAGUGGUGGAUAUAAUGCACAAGUAAAAUUGCAUUUACCACCUGGACUGAGAGAAGAUGAAAUCACCAGAUAUCCUUUAAUCGUACAAGUGUAUGGUGCACCAGGUUCACAGCUAGUAACAGAAACGUUUAAAAUUGAUUGGAAUACUUAUUUGGCUAGUAGAAAAAAUAUGAUUGUUGCACAAAUUGAUGGGAGAGGUAGCGGAGGCCAAGGCUAUAAGUUUCUUCACGAAGUGUACUAUAGACUCGGCUCUGUAGAAGUUGCUGAUCAACUUGAAGUGACUGAGUAUUUGCGGGAUUCAUUGCAUUUCGUGGAUAAGCAACGAGUGGCCGUUUGGGGUUGGAGUUAUGGAGGUUUCGUAGCUGCCCUUGCGCUGGCGCAUCCUGGGCAAGAUGUCUUUGAAUGUGGUAUAAGUGUAGCACCUAUUGUUUCAUGGAAACUUCAUGAUUCAGCAUAUGCUGAAAGAUACAUGGGUUUACCAGAUGUUAUAGCGAAUUAUAAAGGAUACGCCGAGUCAGAUGUGUAUGAGAAAGUGGAAAAUUUACGAAAUAAAAUGUUUUAUUUAGUGCAUGGCACUGCAGAUGAUAACGUCCAAUUUCAACAAUCCAUGGCACUUACGCAUUACCUUGCAAAAAAGGACAUACUUUUCCGACAACAGGUGUAUCCAGACGUGGGUCAUACAUUAGCAGGAGUGAAAGGUCACCUCUACUUAUCAAUGGCUCAAUUUUUGGAUGAUUGUUUCCAGAAACAAGUACCUACUGAUACAAAACCUGGUCUCAUCAGUGGUGGAGCUUGUCUGUAGUUGUAAAUAAUGUGAUCUAAAAAUGAUCUACUUGUGAAGGAAGUCUAUACACAAAAAUUACACCUAAAUAUCUCCAAAUUGUGUUCCGUUUAUUGAUACCUUUAGGAGAAGAAUAUUUUCGCAUUAUUUUGUAUAUCGACUAAAUAUUAUAAGAAAAUGGUGUAAAUACAUAAAAUUAUGUUUGUUAUAUUUUAAAUUGGAGAUCAAAUCUAAAUGAAUGAAAGUGAUAAAUUCUAACAUUAUUAAACAGAUAUUAAUACAUUACAUGUAA